ACUCCUGCCGCUCCGGUGGGGCUAGGGCUGGGGCGCCUCGCGGCCUGAUAAAUAUUCACUUGCUUUUUCUGCAUAGGGUCUGGACACCACAGAACAGCCUGCCCCAUGGAUCUCACAGAGGCUUCCUCUAGUUUACGGAAUCGAGCCCAGGGUCCUGUGGUGAGUGUCUCCUUGCCCAUUCCUGCUGUCGUCUUCAUCAGUGUGGUUGUCUACUUGCUGCUGCUUGGCCUGGUGCUGCUGGCCAGACAUUAUUUGGUGGAGCAGGAUUGCUGCACAGACUGCAGAGGGUCCUGCAGGAAGGCAGACACCCCUGGUCCCCUUGAGUGUUGCCAGGGCUGCGCUGAAGCCUGUGACUUCCCUCUGCCCAGUCCAGCCCGAUGCUUGGAUGCCUGCUGCCCCCAGCCCAUGGAAGCAGGUUGGGUACCUCAGUGCCCCAGAUGCUGCCCACUGUGUGACUGUGCCUGUGCCUGCCAGCUGCCUGACUGUCAAAGCCUCAAUUGCCUUUGCUUUGAAGUCAAGCUCAGAUGAGGAUCCUGUGCUCACAAUUAUGGGACACUGCCUUCCUGAGGACCUGCCUACCCCAUGAGCACAGAACAUUCCCUAGGAGCUGGGUCACCACCCCAGUGGAGCCCAAAAUGGCUUGCCACCUGCCCCCAAGGGCUGGCUCAUCCUUUUGUCUUCAUUGGACCUAAGCAGAGAAGAUCCAGGCUCUCCUAGCAAGAUGAAGAUAGCAGUUACCCUUAGAAGCAUUCAACCCUCUUGAGAGCUGGGACUUCAAACACCUUGGAGAAAAUCUAGG